AGUAGGUUCAGAAGAAAAGGUUUCCGAUAAAUCUCUAAGCUCUAAACCCAAGUCUAUAUACACAAGUCGCCUGGUAGAUGUCCAGGCUUUGAUCUCAUGGACCCUCCUUUCUUACCCCAACCAGGGAACCAUCACAGAAACUAAGGCGUUCCAAUAUUCUACUCUUAUUGCCCUUUACACACUGUUUCACAUAUCAAAAGAUUCAAAACUUCAACAGUGCCUCUCGGGGGUUCUACUCACAGGAAUGUUUGGCAGAUACGGAGAAGCUAGCUUCCCUGUAAUAAUGCAUAUGCAUGGUGCACCGCGGCCAGCACAUUCAAAUAUCCAGUACUAGAGCCUGACUGUAAGGUUCAGCCAGAUUCUUACCUUUGACAGCAAUCUAUCCAAGCCGUUCCCCGUAGCUCCCUCUGCAGCUGCAAUAGCGUUGCUGAACUAUCCAGGAUUUACUAAACCUUGUACAAGUCACACCAAACAUGGCUGUACAGCUGCAUGUACAGCCCCUUAUGCUUUUCGCUGCGGCUUUGGAGGCAAGCCCGAAAUUUCGCCCACUCGUAACCCAAAGCCUUGGCGAAGGUUUCCCAGUCAGCCCAAUGGACCCAAUUCUGUAUAAAACACUUUCUUCCGGCCCUAUACACAAAAAAAGGGAGAUUCCGAAUUAUACUCAAACUCCAAUAAUAAUGUCAGACCACGCUCAACGUCAAGUCCAAGAAAACCCCUCCGCUCAUAACUACUUGAAGUUGGGGGAACAACUUAUCUCCGAAGAGAAGUACGAGGAAGGUGUUGCCGCCUUGUCCCACGCUGAACAGAGGGAAAUGGCUGACGGUAACGAAAACUCCAACAUCCAGCAAAGAAUCUCAGAAAUCAUCCAACAGUUGACCAGGAAAAUCUCCGCUGCCCACCCCCUGAACAACAACGACGGCGAACAGGGCAGCAGAGAGAUGUUUGACGGUGAACAAGGUAGCAGAGGGAUAUCCGAUGGCGAACAGGGCAGCAGAGGUUUGCCUAUCAGCAUGAUCUCUUCUCUUUUGAGCAGUGGUGGCAGCAGCAAUUCCUCUCAGUUGGGUAUGUUGUCCUCUUUGCUCAGCGCCAGCGGUGGCUCCAAUGGUGGCUCUCACAGUUCUGGUGGCGGUCUUAAUCUCGGGACCUUGGCCUCACUUGCUUCCAAGCUCGGUAGCGGUAACAGUGGCAAAAGCAAUUCUCAGGGUGGCUUCAACUUGGGCUCUUUGGCUUCCAUGGCUUCCCAGUUUGGUGGCCACAGUAAUGGAAAUAACGGUGGUAGUUCCCAAGGCGGUUUCAGCUUGGGUUCUUUGGCCUCCAUGGCCUCUCAAUACGCCGGUGGUAACUCACACCAGGGCCAAAACCAAGGCCAAAAUCACAAUCAGAACCAGAACCAUGGCUACAGCAACCACAGCAACAAUCAGAGCCAAGGCUACAACAACCAGAACCAAGGUUACCACAGCCAAGGCAACAACGAGAGCUUUGACUACAACCAAAACCAAGGCUUCGGUAGCGCUAACUAUAAUCAGUCCGGUAACAACCAGAACAACAGCCACAACUACAAUCAGGGUCAGAACCAGAACUACAACCAAAAUGAUGGCCAAAACUAUAACCAGGGCCAAGCCCAGAACAAUGGUGGUAUGGACAUUGGCUCAUUAGCCUCCAUGGCUUCUUCUUUUUUGAACAAGCGCUAAACAACAGCUAGCUGCUUGG